GGAGCAUGAAGAGGGUCUGAUACGAGUCCAAGAUGGACUUGAUUUUGAAACUCGAAAUUCCUAUCAGCUUACUGUGAGGGCAACAGAUAGUUACUCGGGCAAGUGGGCAGAAGUUGUCGUCUCAGUGCAAGUCAUUGAUGUGAAUGACAAUCCACCAGAAUUUCUACAACACUUCUAUAAUGUCACUGUGUCUGAGGCUACAGCUAUUGCAACUCCAAUUCUGACAGUUUCUUCCUCAGAUCAAGAUACAGGACCAAAUGCAGGAGUGAGUUACAGGUUAAUGGGACUGAAUGGAACUUUACCCAAGAACUUUUAUAUGGAGGGAGACUCUGGAAUCUUGAUACUGAAGCAAGGAUUGGACCGGGAAACUGCUCCAGUACACCAUUUCCUGGUUCAAGCCAUAGACAAGGGAACACCACCAUUAUCAUCUACAGCACAUAUAUUGGUUACAGUUUUGGACAUGAAUGACAACCCACCAGUAUUUGAACAGCAAGCCCAACGCUGUGUGGUGACUGAAGAUGCUUCCCGUGGCCACUUUGUCACCCUUGUGUCUGCGUCUGAUGAGGAUAUUAGUGAUGUUAACAAGCUCACAUACUCAGUUGUUGAUGGCAAUGAACUGCAGGUGUUUGCCAUAAACUCUGCUUCAGGAAUCGUAACUGUAUGGAACAGCCAAAAGCUUCGUGAGAAUAAUCAGCACAUAUUGAAUGUGUCGGUGAGUGAUGGUGUCUUCACGGCUUACACACGUCUGGUGGUGUCCAUCACUCCAGUUAAUGCUCACUCGCCAACAUUCAAAGUUGCACAAUAUGAUGCCCACAUUCAGGAAAAUUCUGCUGUAAAAACUACUGUUGCUCAAGUGUCUGCCAGAGAUGUGGAUUCUGGACGUUAUGGUGAUGUAACAUACCACUUUAUAGGUGAUGAUGCUCAAAAGUUCUUCAGAAUAAAUGAAAAUACAGGUGAUGUGUGGACUUCAGAAGUGUUUGAUCGUGAGGAGCGUGCUGAAUAUGCCUUUACAGUGAUGGCAAUGGAUAUAGGUGGGCGCACUGGCUUCACUACGCUUCACAUUACUGUUAAUGAUGUAAAUGACAAUAAGCCUGUUUUCAUGCAGACUAAUUACAAAGCAAUUAUCAGGUCCAACACCACCUCUGGAUCUGUUGUCUUAAAGGUGUUUGCUGUGGAUGCAGAUAAAGGUGAAAAUGGCACAGUAUCUUACAAUUUUCAUAGCUCAGCCUUACCAGACACAAUGGAUGCUUUUUCUAUUAAUUCAAGAACUGGAGAAAUAUCUUUGAAAAGAAAUGCGCAUGAUUUGGGGAGCUCUGUCUUUGAGUUCUUUAUUGAGAGCAGAGAUGAAGGAAGACCAAGCCUUCAUUCAAAUGUCGCAGUUUUGUUGCGCAUUGUGGAUGUUGAUGUCAGACCUCCCGAGUUUCUGUCACAAAUAUAUACCCUCACAGUUGCAGAGGAUACACCGCCAGGCACACGAAUUGGAUCAGUGGGUGCACGUUAUGAUGGUGAAUUAGAAUAUUCAGUCGAGUGGGGAGGUCAUGAAACUUCUCCGCCAGUGUCUGUAUCAUCGCAGGGCACUUUGACCCUCACAUCUUUGCUUGACCAUGAAGAUAUUCACCGACUAUCACUCAUUGUCACUGCCCUACCUACAGACAAGCCUGAGUUGGCAUCAAGUACCAAUGUGGUUAUUGAAGUUCAAGAUGUAAAUGAUGAAUCCCCAGCAUUUGAGAGUGAGAAGUACUAUGUAUCUGUAGCCGAGAACACACCUUCUGGGUCAAAUGUUGUCAAAGUUUUUGCACAUGACCGUGAUGCAGGGAGCAACUCUGAGAUCCGCUACAUCUUGGAAGAGCAAUCACCACUUGUAGAGGAACCUCUCUUCACACUUGAUCCAUACUCUGGGUGGCUAUCCCUUAAUCAAGAGCUGGAUGCAGAGACAAAGUCAAAAUAUGAUUUAAAGGUUCUUGCCAAGGACAAUGGCACUCCACAAAGAAGUUCAACAACAAGUAUUAUCAUUGAAGUAAUUGAUUACAAUGACAAUGCUCCUCAAUUUGUUAAGGAGAAAUAUCAUGCUUCAGUAAGGGAGAAUGCUCUCCCUGGAACAGUUGUAGUGCAGUUGGAAGUUCUUGACUACGACUUAGGGGGAGGGGCCUUGGAUGGAGAAAUGGGACAAGGCAUCAUAUAUUACCUCACUGCUGGAAAUGCCCUUCAACACUUCCAUGUCCGAGGAGGGGGCCAAAUAUAUGUUGCUAAAGCUCUUGAUUGGGAGUCAGUGGACAAUUAUGCUUUAGAAGUUACUGCAACAGAUGGAGUCUUUGUUGCAAAGUCUUGGGUCUUCAUUCAAGUUUUAGAUGUUAAUG